AUGGCACCUCCGAGCGGAGCGGCCUCCUACAAGAAGAAAGAUGGGAGUCUGACUCUAACUGACGACGAGGGGACACUAGUCUGGUCCCCAGUUGACGCCAAUGCCCCAUCCCUCAAGAUCUCAGUGAUCAGUAUCACCAAUCUACAGCAAACGCCAGUUUCGAAUCCAAAAGUCAUGUUGAAAGUCUUUGCUCUUCCACCGAAUGCGCCCCCGAACAGCGACUCGAUUGCAUAUACCUUUUUGUUUACUGCUGCUACUGGUGCACGUGCCCAGGCCGAUGCUUUUAAGGAUGUUCUUGGUGCGAAGGUCAAUGCGGCAAAGACGGGGACACCUUCUCAGACAUCAACGCCUGUACCUGCUGCUGGAGGGGGAGGGGGAGCGGUAUCGGCGAUGGCGAUUGCGAACGCUAUUUCAACUGCUGGGUCGUCGAAAAAUCCCUGGGAUGACGAUAAUCGGCUCAAGGGAGAUGUGGAGCUUCAACAGUCGCUAUUGAAGGCCGAUUCUACAUUACAAAAAAUGUUUAUGGAGUCAUUACAUACCAAACCAGACACUUUAAGCUCCGGCCAGUUUGUGUCGCAGUUCUGGUCUACUCGACUGCAUCUUCUGCGAGCUCAUGCUAUUGAGCGCGCCCAGACACGUGGUUCUUACAACGUUCUUUCCUCGCUAAAGCCACGCGUGGAAGAUAACGUGACACGAUUGAACAUCAGCAAAGAACAAAUUCAACUCAUCUUUUCGCAGCACCCGCUCGUCAAAAAUGUAUAUGAUGAAAAUGUGCCUAAGCUGACCGAAGCGCAAUUCUGGUCCCGGUUUUUCCAGAGUAGAUUGUUCAAAAAGCUGCGUGGAGAACGUAUCUCCGAAGCGGAUGCCACAGACGGCGUGCUGGACAAGUAUCUGCGGGAAGAGCCCACCCAUGUGGAUCGCGAUGCCAAUAUCCCCCAUUUCCUGGAUCUCGCUGGUAAUGAAGAACAUCACAGUCAACGCCGUGGAAACCGGCCAGAUCUUGAUAUGCGUCCUUCUGGUGUCGAUAAAGUGCCUAUCAUCCGUACCUUGAAUAACCUCAGUGAGAAGAUCAUGGCCAAUGUGGCCCCAGCAGACGGCGACAUCAGUGCUCCCAUUGGAAUGAACGAAGAGGCCUGGGCAAAGUUACAACUGCAGGAUCUCCGGGGAGACGAGGAGCAGGCUCACAUUACCCUCAACAUCCGCGACCAAAACCGAUUCUUUUCCGCAGCCAAGGAUGAAAAUGAGAAUGAUACCUUCGCAAAACAAAAUCCCGACCAAGUUCUACAACUUCUUCGCAAUGAAGUCGCACAGAAUCUGCUCCUUGGUGGCGCCACGCCCCUCCAAAAAUUAGUUGACCCUGCCGAUGACGAAGACGAGGAAAUGGAAGAUGCACCCGCCAGUCGACGGCCAGUCGGCUCAUCAGCUGCUCUACAUGAUGCAUUUAGACAAAUUCUCAGUGCUAUUCGUGAACAACGCGAUCGAAUGAACGAGGGCUCAACGUCAGAAACCUACGGACUCUCACCGGCUCUCUACGAUCGUCUCACGCUAACUCACGCGACUUCGACGGAGUUCUUACACCAAUUCUGGCAGGCAUUUCUAUCCGGUGACCCCGAUCGUGCAGGUGAAGCCAAAUCUCUAUCGGAAUCAUUGCUUCGCGCCAUGGAUAGAAUCAAGGCCGUCUCAGAUUCAGCGGAAGCAGAGCGCCAGGUUGAGGUUGAUCGGGUGAAGCAACAUGCACGAGAUAUGUAUGAGCGUACCGGACGCAAGUUACGACCGAAUCUAGAAAGCAUUGAAGGUGGCUCAAAAGUUGUUAAUCAAUUGCUUGGUCCUACAAUGCAUGCGUUGGAACUGGCAUCGAAACGAUUCCAGACUGCAUGGGCAGAGGAAACGCAGGAGGCAGCCGCUUUGGCUGUUUAA